CUGUUUGGGGUCCUUUUCUGAUCAUUUCCCCUGCAUCAACGCUCCAUAAUUGGCAGCAGGAAAUAGCGAAAUUUGUUCCAGACUUCAAAGUAGUCCCCUAUUGGGGAAAUCCAAACGAGAGGAAAAUACUUCGCCAAUUCUGGGAUCAAAAAGAUAUCUACACGAAAGACGCCAGCUUUCACAUUGUAGUAACGUCCUACCAAAUUGUAAUUACAGACAUCAAAUACUUCAAUAGGAUAAAGUGGCAGUAUAUGAUUCUAGAUGAGGCUCAAGCCAUAAAAAGUACAAGCUCAAUGCGGUGGAAGACUUUGCUUGGGUUCAGCUGUAGAAACAGGCUGUUGCUCAGUGGUACUCCCAUUCAGAACAGCAUGGCGGAACUGUGGGCUUUGCUUCACUUCAUCAUGCCUACGUUAUUUGACUCACAUGAGGAAUUCAAUGAGUGGUUUUCAAAGGACAUUGAAAACCAUGCCGAAAACAAAACAGGGAUCGAUGAAAAACAUUUAUCCAGAUUGCACAUGAUCUUGAAACCAUUUAUGCUGAGGAGGAUAAAGAAAGAUGUGGAAAACGAGUUGUCAGACAAAAUUGAGGUGAUGGUUUAUUGUCCUCUAACAACAAGGCAGAAUUUGCUAUAUUUGGCGCUAAAACAAAAAAUAAAAAUCGAAGAUUUACUGCAUUAUACAGUUGGAGGUGGUGAUUCACAUACUGUAGACAAAAAUUUCACUUCCAAUUUGAUGAAUUUGGUAAUGCAGUUCAGAAAAGUUUGUAAUCAUCCAGAGUUAUUUGAGAGAAGAGAUGCCAAAUCUCCAAUAAGGAUAUUACCACUACAGUAUCGUAUUCCCUAUAUCAUUUACGAUGCGAAUAUCAGGCAAAUAAUGGCUUUGAAAUUUAGAAAACAUUUCAUUUUUCAACCAAAUCACAUUGCAGAUAGUGUCAAUAAUAAUUCUAGUGACACAAUAUUUAAUUUCUGUUUGUCCUUAAACUUAUCUGUCAAUGAUAUCUACAGAAUUUUACAAGGAGAUAUUUUACACAGAUGGCGUCACUACUACGAUACAAUUGAAUCUGAAUAUAAGCAUUAUCAUGAACACCUUUGGAAUCCGCGUUUGUGUAGGAGUUCCAUUAGAAUGAACCACACAUUCAAAUUAUGCCCGGCACAAAUAGAGAGUAGUUCCUUGCUCUCUGAUUUAAUUUUCACAAGACAAAGUAAGGGGAAUAGAGUCUUCUAUACCUUUACCGACCAUAAGUAUCAUUCGAUGCCAGAGACUAUCGAGCAUAAGAAUAUACGGCUGAAGAAUCGAGAUUUUUUUUGCGAUGACUCUGUUAUAGAUACUGUAAGUGAAAAAAUAGAGUCAUCUAUCUACUCUCGUAAAGCAGCUUGGGAUUUGCAACGCCACAUUGAUGAUUAUAGUUUUAAUUCUAUGAAUUAUUACUGGUCCCAAGCGACAACUCAGAAAUUCAAAUACAAAAGUGCAGAAAGCUUAUAUCCUCAGCCUCACAGUUGUGACGAUGACAUUAGGCCAAUAAAUGGUUGGUCGAACAUCGUUAUACCUGACAAAGAAUGUUUAGUAUCAGAUUCUGGAAAGCUGUCCGUGUUGGAUGGACUGCUGAAGCGGCUCAAAGAAGAAGGACAUCGUGUUUUAAUAUACUCUCAGAUGACAAAAAUGAUUGAUCUGUUAGAGGAGUAUAUGUGGCAUAGACAUCACAAGUACAUGAGGCUUGAUGGUUCAUCAAAGAUAUCUGAACGCAGAGAUAUGGUAGCGGAUUUCCAAGCCAGAACAGACAUUUUUGUCUUCCUGCUUUCAACAAGAGCAGGUGGACUUGGAAUCAAUUUGACAGCUGCUGAUACUGUUAUAUUUUAUGACAGUGAUUGGAAUCCCACUGUCGACCAACAGGCUAUGGACAGAGCACAUCGUUUAGGGCAGACAAAACAAGUCACGGUUUACAGGUUGAUCUGUAAAGGGUCUAUAGAGGAGCGUAUUUUGCAAAGAGCCAGGGAAAAAAGUGAGAUUCAAAAACUUGUUAUUAGCGGGGGCAAUUUCAAACCAGACACCCUGAAACCAAAGGAAGUUGUUUCCUUGUUAUUAGAUGAUGAUGAACUUGUACAAAAAUAUCACCUGAAGAUUGAAAACCCCUCUGAGGAACAAAAAGAGUUGGAAAAGAAACAGAAAAUACUGUAUAAGACUGUGCCGGGUGCAGUCAAAACAAAAAAACUUAAACAAGAAAUUCCAGCAACCAUAACAGGUCCAGAAGACAGACCAAAUAGUGCUAAUGGACAUGUUGACAGUGCUCCCAAUAGCCCUUACAGCACACAUUCAGACAUUUUAGCAGAUGACAUAGUAGAUGGGGGAUAUAAUGAUGAUGUUGAUUCACCAAUUACACAUAAAUACACUGUAUAUAAUGUAUAUGGUUCAGCGGUAAAGCCCCGAUUUUCUGGCCGAGGAACAUCAAAACGUGGUCGCCCAAGAGGUUCCAGAAGUCGUACUUUGGGUAUGACCAGAAACAAUUCAACCUCACACACCUCGUCUUCCAGCGGGGUUUACUCAAGCGAAGUCAAUCCUGUUGAUUCAGCCUCAUCGAUAUCUUCGGCUCAAUCAUCACCUUCAGGUUCUUUCAUGGAUAUACCGAUAACUGUGUCUGGGAGCGGUUCCAAGGGCCAGACACCAGCAGUAAGACGGGGACCAGGUAGACCUCGACUCAAGCCGGGUGGGCCUUGCAAUGCGGGAUCCAGAGGGACUUAUAGGCCUAGAAAACCUGCCAGACCCUUGCCAGUGCCCUUACCCUCUGAUGGUACUAAUUCAACUAUUUCAAAUGUUGCGAACAAUGCUCAGUAUUCAAGUUACUCCUUUUAUGAUUUUCCAGAUGAUUAGGUUGUGUCAUCAAUUUUAAUUUUGUUUUGUAACUAGCCAGUCUUCUUAUUGUAAUAAUUUUCUAGUCUUUUAUUUUGAUAGAGUUUUUUUUUUAUAUAUAAGCGUUUUAUGUUACUUUUAUAUUUCAUUUAUAAUUUACCAGUUUUGGUAGGCAAAUUGCAACAUUGAAAGAUUUUUUUAAUAUAGUUAACUGACUGUAUAUAUCUGCUUAUUGAAAACUCUAUUGAAUAAAUAUUUUUUGAAUCAUUUUA